GUCUACAGUGACUGAAGAGUACAGAGUACCUGAUGGCAUGGUGGGACUCAUCAUAGGAAGAGGUGGAGAGCAGAUUAACAAAAUACAGCAGGACUCUGGAUGCAAAGUACAGAUCUCACCAGACAGUGGAGGACUACCAGAACGGAGCGUCUCUCUGACGGGAUCGCCAGAAUCUGUGCAAAAGGCAAAGAUGAUGCUUGACGAUAUUGUGUCUCGAGGGCGUGGUGGGCCACCCGGUCAGUUCCACGAUAAUGCCAACGGGCAGAAUGGUACAGUCCAGGAAAUCAUGAUCCCAGCCGGGAAAGCGGGCCUGGUGAUCGGCAAAGGAGGAGAGACCAUUAAACAGUUACAGGAGCGGGCUGGAGUGAAAAUGAUUCUAAUUCAGGACGGUUCACAAAACACAAAUGUAGACAAGCCUCUUCGAAUAAUUGGGGACCCAUACAAAGUGCAGCAAGCCUGUGAAAUGGUAAUGGACAUCUUAAGAGAGAGAGACCAGGGAGGCUUCGGUGAUCGGAAUGAAUAUGGUUCAAGGAUUGGUGGAGGAAUAGAUAUAGCAGCAAAAAUUGGGGGUGAUUCAGCCACAACUGUGAAUAACACUACACCUGAUUUUGGAUUUGGUGGUCAGAAGAGACAACUAGAAGAUGGAG